CAUCAAAUCACGUGAUUAUCAAGAGCUACUGUGCGAUGAGAUUCUAUAUAAGGAACCAAUCUACCCUCAAACUGGUAAUACGCCAAUAUCGGUGAAAGUUUCCUAUACUAUUCAGUAGGUUUCUACGGAACAAUUGCAGCGAAAUGGAGUUAAAAAUCGUGCUAUGUUUUGUUUUAUUUGCUGGCUUCCGGUAUGCGGAUUGCUGCGGUCGAGGAGGAGGAUCUUUUAGCAAAAACUAUAGGCCAUAUCGGUCAGUAGACGACCGCCAUGCCAAUGGUCAAGAAGGGAGUGUUGAAAAGAUUGGAGCUCAUUAUAGCGUCACGCCUUCUCUAGCUCAUCCGUGUACUUUCGAAACCUACGACGCCGACCGGAACGGAGAAAUCAGUAAGAUUGAACUGCAGGCUGUACUCGGUAUCGGCGAUGAUGUAGACUCCCUGUUCGCAGACCUUGAUAUAAUGCCAGAUGACGGAGUUAUUAAACCAGACGAAUUCAGUGCCACCGUGCCUCUUUACAUAACUGUGUGUUUGGAUACUGCCAAGUUAAGCAUCUAAACAUUUCCGAGGAAACUGUUUUGACACAAAUAAACGGACAUCAUUAUAUAAACUAUGACACGCUGAAACUAAUAUUAUUUGUAUUGAAUCAGCUGCAAGAUACGGGUCCUUUUUAAGAGUUUUAUUGUAAUCAUUGUCUUUAUAGAGUUUGUUGAAAUAAGGUUAAAAAUAAGCAAUACAUAUUCAGUCUGCCAUCUUAAAAUCUAUAUAUUUUUAUCAAGUUUAUUGCAUGACAUCCUUCAUUUUUUUUUCAAGUUAUUGUCUGCAGUCCGGUAUUUUUUUUAAUAUUAUUGUCAGCUAUACAAUGUUCUUUAAGUUUAUCGUCAGCCAUCCCAUAUCUGACUGUAAGUUUAUUUCAGACAAUCUAUUUCUGUUUAUAAUUUAUUUUCAGUCGCCCUACCCUUUUUCAUGUUUAAUAUCGACCAAUAUACAAUCAUUUUUACAUUGAAAGAAAUGUAACCUAUAUCAGCUGCCAAAAAGGAAAUGUAAGAGUUUUCUCGCUUUUACAACCUUACUUUUAUGCGGGCUAUUAAUCGACAACAAACGAUUUGUUGAUGAUCCAAACAUGCAUGAGAAACAGGUUAUUUUUUUUUCUAGGUUAUGUGUUACACAAUAAGAAAUAGUACAAGAUUCUAGACAGUAUUUAUCGGUCUUAGGGACUAACACACACAUUUUAUGCGGAAACCAGUUUCUCUCCAAAAUCCAUAAAAAGCGAGUACUCUGGAAGUGGUAACAAAAGUUUAUUGCAAAAAAUUCUUACAAAUAACCGAAAAUAUAUAGCGUGCAAAAAGUAGUUAAUUAUUAGAAAUUAUAAUUUAUGCAACGUAAUUGCAAUUUUACGGUUUGCUUAUCUUUUAUUACGGCCUUUGAUUUGUCACUUGAAGUUAUAGCAGAUUCUUUCUUUGUUUGAUAAGUUUACAUGUUUAACGACAUGACACAACUAGCAUUAAAGUAAAUAAAAGGAUAUUAUACGAAGAAUCUUCAUAUUAUUCAUAUUUAAUUUGCAGGGUAUUGUAUCAUAUGGUCUGGUUUCAAUUUUUCAUGGUGGUAAAAGAAUUUUUCAAAGUGAGCAAUAACCAAAUGAAAUUUUGUAUAUAACUCUAAAGCUAUCCAGAUCUUUUUUAAAAGAUCAUUCAUAAUUUUGCAGAUAUCUUUCAUCAUUUUGUAGUAACUAUAUGACCAAAACAUGUUUCAAUUAAAAUCAAUUACUAAUACGUCUUUAUCAUCAAAAUUAUACAAUUACAUCUAUUUCUACUUUAUCCUUUUCUGAAUUAACUCUGUCUUAAUGAUUUCGGAACCAAAACUUUAUAGUUAAUUAAAAUUGAAGGAAAAAUGUUAUUCAGCCAUUAAAAGGAAAAAAAAAAAAAAAAAAAACAAAAACAACAUGGAUACAAUGUAUUUCGUAGUCAACUAGUUUUCCGAUACUAAUAUGUUGUAAAACUCUGCGUUUGGUUUCUUAGAACGGAAGAGCGUUUUAAGGUCUUACUCAGAACUAUCAAAAGAAUUAAAUUCGAAAAUUUGAAGUGCUAAAUCAGUGAAAUAAAUUUGAAAUAAAAUGAUACAUUAAGCAUACAAUUUGUCAUUCGUUCGUUUGUUUGUUUGUUUUGGGUUUAACGCCAUCUCAAUGAACUAAAUUUGAAAUAAAAAUGAUACAUUGAGCAUAUAA